UCGCAGAGGCAACAUCGAAGCUCCCUCCGAAAAAUAUAGUAGAAAAUUCGCCGAAAAUAAACAAUCUUAUAUCUUAUCGGCAAUGCCACUGACAUACCUUCUUUUGCUGCUGCCGUUGCUCCUGUUCGCGUGUCAACUGCUGGCUCAAAUUCCGCAGUGCUUUCACUUCACCUGGAUAGGUGCCUACUCGAAUCACUCGAACAUUCUCACGGAAACCUGUGAGUCCCGAGUGGGUGACUUCAAUGAAAUACCCUGCGCGGAACCGCUGGUUGUGACCCCCGACGAUACAGUGCCGGAUGUGAAGGCGCUGUGGCAAAACAACACAGAGGAUCGCGAGAACUAUCUGUGUCAAAUGUCGCCGGGUCGGUCAUGCGUGAAAUACUCGUACAUAUUCAAAGGCGGAAUACAAAACAUCACGUACAUGUGCGCCAAUGUCAACAGCACCAACGGAUGCUAUCGACAGACCCACCCAACUGGUAUGGUUGUGGAGGCAUGUGUCUGCACCUCCCGUGUGGGCUUGAUACCCUGUAAUGGCUGCUCGAAGUCGCAAAGUACUCUAAUGGGCUGGGCUCUUUGUUUGCUCGGCCUUUAUCAAUGGCUAUAUAAAUAUAGAAUAUUUUGAACUGCAAA